UUUGAUUUGAGGAUAUUGUGGUUGGAUAAAAUAAAGAUACAAUAAAUCAUUGAUAGUUUUUAUCCACAAUAAACCCACUUAAUAGCCGACCAAAACGUAGAGGUCUUGUCUUUGUUGUGAUUUGUUAAAUACUACAUGAUUGACCGUUAUUUCCGGUUCAUGGGCUUCCUAAUAAACCUCAAAUUUUUUUAUUAAAACUUUCCUAUUUAAAGAUAAUUUAAAUUUACCACCCAAAUUUUGAAACCUAAAAUUGAGCAUUACCCUCUCACUUCUGUCCUUUUCUUCCUCUCAAAAUCACUCUCCUCCACAGAGGAAGGUCAUGAUCAUGGUCUGGUUUGUCCCCCUCAGGUCAUGAUCUUUUAACCUCAUCAUCAUCCUUUGAGAAUUUCGGUCUAAACCUGCUUAAUUUUAAUCAACUUGGACAAGCACAAAAGUAGCAUUUCUUUGUUUUUAGGAUUACCAAAAAAGAAAAAAGAAAAUAUGGCAAAGAGAUCAUUUAAGUGUUUUGUGGAACAAGAAUUUGGAAAGUUCCCAUAUUUCUUGAUUUAUGCUGCUCUUGAAUGGGUGUUGAUAAUUUUACUUUUCAUUGAUGGGUUUUUUGCAUUUGUUGCCAAUGAAUUUGCCAAGUUCUUUGAGUUGAGAAUUCCUUGCUUGUUUUGUACAAGGAUUGAUCAUGUUGUUGUUCAUAGAAAUUCUGAUUUUUAUUACAAUGAAUCCGUAUGUGAGAAUCACAAGAAAGAAGUGUCAUCCCUUGCAUAUUGCCAUGUUCAUAAGAAGCUCUCUGAUAUAAGGGAGAUGUGUGAGGGAUGUCUCCUUUCGUUUGCUACAGGUAAAGAUUCUGAUUGCGAUACCUAUAAAUCUCUGGUUGGGAUUUUGCAUAAGGAUGUUGAAAUGCUUGUUGAUGAUGAACAUGAAAUUCAGUGGAAAUUUCCUUCUAAUAAGAAGGAUGAGUUGAUGCGAAUGGGGAAGAGUAGUUUCAAUUGCUGUUCUUGUUGUAGGGAGCCAUUGAAAAUUAAAUACCACUCAAAAGCUAAAAAUAUGGGGCUUACUUCAUUGGCUCCUGCUUCUUCUCCACGAUCACCAUUCAUGACUUCGAGAAGUGAGGAGUCUCGCCAGUUGGAGUUGCCCCACAUUCAAUACACAGAACUCAAGCUUGUCUUAGAUAAUGAAUCAGAGGUUCCAGAGGAUGUUUGGAGUCUCAAUAGGCAAGCAGUAAGGGAAGAAGUCAAAGCGGCUACUGUUCCAUUGCUGACUGAUUCUGAAGAUUUUAAUGACGAUAGAACUCCUACAUUUGUCAGAGGAAACAGAUUCUUUGGAAUCCCACUCUCAGAUUCAGCUCAUAACAGUCCUAGGUUUGGCACAAGGCUUCUACGAAAAUCACCACUUGAGAAAACAGCUGAUUCUAAAGAGUCUACUGAGGGAAACGGAUCAAAUGAAGGAUAUGGUGACUCCAUUUUGCACCAUUUAAAUAGACAGGUUCGCUUGGAUCGCAAGUCACUGAUGGCUCUCUACAUGGAAUUGGAUGAAGAAAGAAGUGCUUCUGCUAUUGCGGCUAACAAUGCAAUGGCCAUGAUUACUAGGUUGCAGGCGGAGAAAGCAGCUGUUCAGAUGGAUGCCUUACAAUAUCAGAGGAUGAUGGAGGAGCAGGCAGAGUAUGACCAGGAAGCUUUGCAAACAACCAAGGAUUUGCUCUCCAAGAGAGAGGAAGAAGUUAAAGAAUUAGAGGCUGAGCUUGAUGCUUAUAAAGUAAAAUAUGGAUGCUUAAGGGAAGAUGAAAUCGAGGGGCGAGGAGCUCAGAAUGAUGAGGAUUACCAAGAGUAUAAAUCAAAAUCUUGCACAUCCAACAAUGUAAAAUCUGAAUGUAGCAGUUCACCUGAUGGUUUUGUUAAAGUAUCGUCCUUCAGUGGUCGUGCUGGAUCACUGAAGGACAAUAACGGAGGGAAAACAGAUGAAAAAUUACUGAAAACCAAAGACCUGGGGCAUGUCAAAAGCCUAGAGAAGAAAGUUCACUUCUCUUUAGAUAAUGUGAUCCCUUCCUCACAAUCUUAGCUGCCAAAGUUAUCCAUACAAAAAAAGACAGGAAAAAAUAUAGUAGUAAAGUCAGGUUGACGUCUCCGAAGAACUUUAUAUUAGUGAUGUCAGUGAUCAUCGGAAAUUUAGUGAAGUCUAGUGUGAACUUACACAAUCACUUGGAUGACAGAACACGGACACUGUGAUAUAAAGGUUAUAUUAUUAGCAAAUCCUUUGUUCAAGCUUCAAAGCAUAAAGAGCAGCUUGACUGACAUUUUUGUGUUGCUUAAAGGGUGCUAGGAGAUCAUGUUGGAGAUGCCAUGGAAGGUAGAGAAGGCCGCACGUAAAUCUUCAAAGCUGAUGAACAAAUUGCAGAGUGGUAUAUAAACCCCCCAAAGAAGUUGGUACCGUGAAUGCAAAUAGCGUCUUUUACCAGAAUUUUUGUAUAUCAUGUAUGGAUCAUUUUUUCUCGCCUUUCUUUUGUUCUGUUCAUCGAUAAAUUUCUAUCAUGAGCCGGAUUAUCUUUCAACAUAUAAGCAGAUCAUUUUCUAGUAUA